AUGACAACGUACGAAGACUACGCCGACCAGACAGAGACAAUGACAAAGACAUUUACAGACGACCACAGGACACCGGUAAUCAUGACGGACUUGAUACACAUUCGAAUCUCCAUCAUAUCGGGACCCUUAGGAAAAAAACUUACCUUGGGGUCCCUCCUCAGCAACUCCUUCGCCGUACUUGCCGCCCUACUGCUCUGCUCUACCAUUUCGUUUGGCUACCACCACCUGAGAGCCAAAAGCCGCGCAGAGCCAGGAGUUAACACCGACGUAGAGCAAGCGGGUCCCCGAGACGGUGACCACUUAAGAGAGGGAGGAGUUAACACAAGCAGUUCUCACGGAGUGAGACUGCCGAAUUGCAAGCCGUAUCCGGUGGCCUGCACGCGCAGCGAAGAAAUUGCUGAUCGCGCAUUCCAAGGACAAUUGCCCGGAGUCCGCCCGAAACACUCGCGGAGCGAGUGAUCGGCCGGAUACAGGAGUGAAGACCUAGCGCUCUGCCAAUAGCGCUGCAACGAACCGGAGGCCUGGAGUUGCAGCGAGUUUAGGUUUUUAAUCAGUUAUAAAUCAUACUCCGU